AUGUCCGAGGUGGGAGUUGGGUGGUUUUGUGUCAGGACACGGACGUAUUUGCACCGGGACAAGCUGGGGAACCGAGACAGCCACAUGGGGUUUCUAGAGCUCGCGAGGUCAGAUAAAUCUCGCGGUCGACUGGCCCUAUCGGCUGUUGUUCGCGGUAAUUUGGCGGUGGGCUGGCGGUACUGGGUGUUUUCGCAGCGGUUCCCCUCUCCUCCAGUUCCUGCCCGGGGCAAAUGUCGCGCUCAUCGCAUCACAAAAAACAUUUACCACCCCAUGAAAUCCAUCACCAACCGCCGUUUUGACGACAGCGAUGACGAAGAUGUGCUAGCACGUACCCUCAAGCGCAGGAAACAAGACUCCCAAAAGAACGAUGCCGAAAACGACGCCUUUGGCGGGUUAUCGCUUGGUUCUCUCAGCUCUGCUCAAAAGCAGAUGUACCAAGACCAAAGCCAACACGACUCAGAUGACACUAAUGACAACCACAAAUCCUCCCACAAACCCCAGCAUAAGCAUAAACCCGCCAAGGGCCCCCAGCAGAAGAAGAAACACAAACACGCUCCUACUGAAACCUCAUCCAAAAAACCAGUGUCUCGUAUUAGAAACCUCAGUGACGUUGUAACCCCUAAGUACGCUGGAACCCUCCAUCAAGACCUCCGGUUUGACGCUGCGUACGGGAAGGCCGACCUUCGAGAAGCCCGGAAAAACUAUGCAUUUUUGGAUGAUUAUCGACAAAGUGAGAUAAACGAGUUGCAAGCAUUGAUCAAAGACCGAAAGAGCUUUGGCAUGCUUCUGAUCCGCGAGCAGAACGACGCCCGUGACAGGCUCCAAUCAUUAAAGUCUCGGCUCGAUACCCUUAAGAAUCGUGAUCUUGAACACAAAAUCUUGGAUGACUAUAAGAAAGAACAAAUGCAAAACUUCCGUGACGGUAAGCAGUCGAAUCCUUAUUUCUUGAAGAGAAGUGAACAGCGUAAAUUGAUUCAAACGGCCAAGUUCGAGUCGAUGAAGCCAGUCCAGCGGGAGAAGGUGAUGGAGAGAAAGAGAAAGAGAAAGCUUGGUCGGGAGUUCAAGCAGAUGGAGUUCUAAGUAGUACUGCUCAAGUAAAAUUAGAAACCACCACUGGAAAAUGGGCAAGCUGGUCACCACUGUUUAUGAUUCUGUGCACCCUGAAGACAAUUUUUGCAUUUGAUCAGCAGUUGGGUGAUAAACCCAUCAUUCCCUAAAUUAGCGUUUUACAGGAUAAUAGAGUGAUGAAACAUUUCAUAAAAUGACUUGUGUUUUCGGCUUUUUAGUAAUGUUUGAUAUCAAUAUCGUAAUCUUGAUAAAUGUAACUGUUUGAAUUCUUUGGAGUGAUUAAGCUCUCGAGGAAGAACAGAAGCCAUAUUUCUGGGAUAAAUAUAUUUGUUAGAAAGUUCAAGACCAACAUUCAAAUAUACAUUAACUUACUCGCUUUAUGUAAAAGGUUCUUUACUUCCACAUAGGCGGUUUUUGUAAACGAUGGUUUCACAAAUGCUACCUGAUACAUCGCGGUAUUUUAGAACUCUAUGCUUUUUCGCAGCCUCUUCGUAAAGAUAGUGGAAUAUCGUGGACCACCGUGGACCACGAAUCCCUGGAAGCACACGACUAUAGUACUUGAUAUAAUACUAGCCUAGUCAAAUUUUAAUGGACAAAAAGAUAGUGAAUGAGGCGAGAUUCGAACUCGCGCGACUUUACGUCAACAGGACUUGAAUCUGCCGCCUUAACCACUCGGCCACCCAUCCAGUAUC